AUGGGCUAUUUACGGCUAAGAGCUUCCAGUCUCGUCAAAUAUGCGCUGUUUGCAUUAUUCAUUGGUCUCACAGCAUCAGUCCGUGCAGAGACCGUCCUGGGCAAGGACAUCAGCUUGCUGACACCGGAGGAAAUAGAAGAGAACCUUCAACAAUGUCCCUUCGUCGAAGUUCUCUCAGAACACAAAGUUAAGAAUGCACCGCGCCAUACCUCACUGACAACCACACUCUUCGAUCUCCUCUUCCCAUCUUCCUCUCCAGCUAUCAACGCCCUCCUUGCAACAACAUACAUCUCCGGCCCACCCAACUUCCUCCUCGCACUAUGUCCGCCCAACAUCGACCCCUCGUCAUUAAGCAUCAUGGUAGCUUUUGCAGUUGGUGGACUGCUCGGAGACACCCUAUUCCACCUUCUCCCGGAGAUCUUCCUCGGCGAAGACAAGCAUGAUAGAGUCAAGUUCGUCAUGGUUGAACCAAACAGAAACCUUUUAUUAGGAGGAGGCAUUAUUGUCGGCCUAGUAACGUUUAUGGCCAUGGACAAAGCCCUGCGCAUUGCAGCGGGUGGAGAUGGAGGACAUUCACACGACCACAACCACCCCCAUGACACGCACAAACACACGGCCAAUGGCUCCGCCUCUUCGUCAGGAUCAAAGAAGAAGGAGAAAGCGAACGGCGAAGUGCGCAAGCGAAAGGGCCAGAAGGAUGACAGGACGGAAGACACUGCAGUCGCAGCCAUGACAAACCCCUCCAUCAAACUCGCCGGCCUCCUCAAUCUCAUCGCCGACUUCACACACAACAUCACCGACGGCCUCGCGUUGUCAUCGUCCUUCUACGCCUCCCCGGCCCUCGGCGCCACCACCACCAUGGCCGUCUUUUUCCACGAAAUCCCGCAUGAAGUGGGCGACUUCGCGCUCCUCAUCCAAUCAGGUUUCUCCAAGCGCAAAGCUAUGGGCGCACAGUUCAUCACAGCCGUCGGCGCAUUUCUAGGUACUUGCAUCGGGAUUUUUGUGCAGGAAUAUGGCGGCAGCACACAAGGUUCGAACGGCGCAGCCAAAGGGAUCUGGGGCACCAGUCUCCAAUUGGGCGAUAUGCUUUUGCCUUUCACGGCGGGGACGUUCUUGUACGUUGGCACGGUCGCGGUGAUUCCGGAGCUGCUUGAGACAGGACCGAAUCGGGGCGAGGAGCUGAGGAAGACAGCACUGCAGUUUUUAGCUAUGGCAGUGGGAGCGGUUAUUAUGCUGGGAAUUUCGUGGACGUGA